UGGCAAAUUAUAUCUGUUCAGUUUAUAAUAUCGUGUUUGAUAUUUAACGAAGAGGCCAAUUACAUUAAAAUAAUAUUACAUUGAGAGUAUAUUUUGGUCUGUUCAAUAACAAAAGCUUCAAAACAAUUCAAAAUAAAAGUUCGAAUGAUGAACAGACAUGCCAAUUUGAAGAAGGUAUGACGAGAAAAGCUGCAGAAAAUGGAAACUUAGAAUUGUUAAAAUAUGCACAUGAAAACAGAUGUCUGUGGGAUGAAAGCACAGCAGAAGCGGCUGCAUCAAGUGGUAAAUUAGAAUGCUUAAAAUAUGCUUUUGAAAAAGGAUGUCCGUGGGAUGAAAGUACAACGACUGCGGCUGCCAGUAGAGGUCAUUUAAAUAUUUUAAAAUAUGCACAUGAGAAUAAAUGUCCAUGGGAUGAAAGAACAACAGAAGCAGCUGCUUCUAGUAAUUUAGAAUGCUUAAAAUAUGCUUUUGAAAAAGGAUGUCCGUGGGAUGAAAGUACAACGACUGCGGCUGCCAAAAUAGGUAAUUUAAGUAUUUUAAAAUAUGCACAUGAGAAUGAAUGUCCAUGGGAUGAAAGCACAACAGAAGCAGCUGCUUCUAGUGGUAAUAUAGAAUGCUUACAAUAUGCUUUUAAAAAUGGCUGUAAAUGGGAUGAACGUACCACAACUGCAGCUGCCAAAAGAGGCGAUUUAAAGAUUUUAAAAUAUGCACAUGAGAAUAAAUGUCCAUGGAAUGAAUGCACAACAAAAGCAGCUGCUUCAAGUGGUAAUUUAGAAUGCUUGAAAUAUGCUUUUGAAAAUGGCUGUAAAUGGGAUGAACGUACCACAACUGCAGCUGCCAAAAGAGGCGAUUUAAAGAUUUUAAAAUAUGCUUUUGAAAAUGAAUGUCCAUGGAAUGAAAGCACAACAGAAGCAGCUGCUUCUAGUGUUAAUAUAGAAUGCUUAAAAUAUGCUUUUGAAAAUGGUUGCAAAUGGGAUAGGCGUACCACAACUGCGGCUGCCAAAAGAGGUGAUUUAAAAAUGUUAAAAUAUGCACAUGAGAAUGAAUGUCCGUGGGACGAGUACACAACAGAAGCAGCUGCUUCUAGUGGUAAUUUAGAAUGCUUAAAAUAUGCUUUUGAAAAAGGAUGUCCGUGGGAUGAAAGUACAACGACUGCGGCUGCCAUAACAGGUGAUUUAAGAAUGUUAAAAUAUGCACAUGAAAAUGAAUGUCCAUGGUAUUCCUGUACAACAAAUGUCGCGGCAUAUAAUGGUAAUUUAGAAUGCUUAAUAUAUGCUAUUGAAAAUGGCUGUAAUUUUAAUGUAAGUGAUAUUGUGACAAAUGCUAUAUAUAGUGGUAAAAUAGAAAUAUUCAAAUAUGUCCACGUAAAUGGAUUUGAAUUGAAUGAAGACAUAACUAAUGUUGUUGUCUCUUUAGAUCAUCAUGGCAUUAUAAAAUAUGUCAUUGAAAAUGGAUAUGCAUGUGAUAUAAGUACAACUUAUACAGCUGCAAUAAAUGGUAAUCUUCAAAAUUUAAAAUAUUUACAUGAAAAUAGAUGUCCGUGGGAUGAAAGCACAACAGAAGCGGCUGCAUCAAGUGGUAAAUUAGAAUGCUUAAAAUAUGCUUUUGAAAAUGGAUGUCCCUGGGAUGAAGGCACAACAGAAGCAGCUGCUUCUAGUGGUAAUAUAAAAUGCUUAAAAUAUGCUUUUGAAAAAGGAUGUCCCUGGGAUGAAAGUACAAUGACUGCGGCUGCCAAAAGAGGUCAUUUAAGUAUUUUAAAAUAUGCACAUGAUAAUAAAUGUCCAUGGAAUGAAAGCACAACAGAAGGAGCUGCUUCUUGUAAUAAAUUAGAAUGCUUAAAAUAUGCUUUUGAAAAUGGAUGUCCGUGGGAUGAAAGAACAACUACUACGGCUGUCAGUAGAGGUUAUUUAAAUAUUUUAAAAUAUGCACAUGAGAAUAAAUGUCCAUGGGAUGAAAGAACAACAGAAGCAGCUGCUUCUAGUGGUAAUUUAGAAUGCUUAAAAUAUGCUUUUGAAAAUGGUUGCAAAUGGGAUGUGCGUACAACGACUGCGGCUGCCAAAAUAGGUAAUUUAAGUAUUUUAAAAUAUGCACAUGAGAAUGAAUGUCCAUGGGAUGAAAGCACAACAGAAGCAGCUGCUUCUAGGGGUAAAAUAGAAUGCUUAAAAUAUGCUUUUGAAAAUGGCUGUAAGUGGGAUGAAAGCACAACAGAAAUAGCUGCAUCAUAUAAUGAAUUUGAAUGCUUGAAAUAUGCUUUUGAAAAUAGCUGUAAAUUUGAUGAACGUACAACUACUGCGGCUGCUAAAAGAGGCGAUUUAGAAAUGUUAAAAUAUGCACAUGAAAAUAAAUGUCCGUGGAAUGAGAGCACAACAGAAGCAGCUGCUUCUAGUGGUAAUUUAGAAUGCUUGAAAUAUGCUUAUGAAAAUGGCUGUAAAUGGGAUCAAAAUAUCAUGAGAAGUGCAAUUGUAAAGGGUAAUCUAGUCAUAAUAAAAUAUCUUUACGAAAAUGGAUGUAUGUGGUGUGAAGGAACUUUGUUUGAUGCAGCUGCAAAAGGUAAUUUGGAAUAUUUGAAAUAUGCACAUCAAAAUGGUUGCAAAUGGGAUAAAGGCAUAACAAGAGCUGCUGCAACAAGUGGUUGUUUCAACUGUUUGAAGUACGCCUACGAAAAUGGAUGUGUUUGGGAUGAAGGCACAACUCGAGCUGCUGCAACAAGUGGUUGUUUCGACUGUUUGAAGUAUGCCUACGAAAAUGGUUGUGUUUGGGAUGAAGGCACAACUCGAGCUGCUGCCGCGAGUGGCUGUUUAGACUGCUUGGUAUAUGCCCAUGAUAAGGACUGUAAUUGGGAUAAAGAUACAGCAGUUGCAGCAGCUGUGCAUGGUAAGUUAGAUUGUUUAGAAUAUGCCCGUAAACAUGGUUGUGAUUGGGUUGAAGGUAUGAUGAGAGGGGCUGCAGCAAAUGGACAUUUAAAUUGCCUAAAAUUUGCUUAUGAAAAUGGGUGUCCCUGGGAGGAAGGCACAACAAGGGAAGCCGCUGCGAGUAGUUACAUUAAAUGUUUAAUAUUUGCGCAUGAAAAUGGAUAUAAAUGGGAUGAAGGAACUAUAAGUGGAGCUGCCGCCAAUGGCCAUUUAGACUGCUUAAAAUAUGUUCAUGAAAAUGGUUGCAAGUGGGACGAAAGCACAACAAGACUUGCUGCUGCAAAUGGUCAACUUGAUUGCAUAAAAUAUGCACAUGAAAAUAAUUGUCCAUGGAGUAGUGGUACCAUUUCUGCAGCUACUCGAAAAGGUUAUCGUAAAAUAAUUAAAUAUGUUACUAAAAACGGCUGUCCUAAUUAAUAUUCUGAUAAAAUAUUGUAAUUUUUAUUAUAUUAAUCUAUGUCAAUUAUAUUAUUUAAAAUAAAUUAUUAGGAACCAAUAUUCAAUAUAUACAUUGCACUUGAAAGAUACUAAAAAAAAAUUCUCAAUAUUACAUUUUUUUUAUUAUUAAAAUUUACUGUGAUAAAUGAAUCACUCUGUAUAAUGAUCUUUAUUAAUGUAUAUUAAUAUAAUAAAGCUGUUAAAUAUAAUAUAUGUAGAUAUACGCUUCGUAUAAGUCAGUAACUCACUUUUUCUAAACUUUGCAUUGAUCAAAAAUAAAAUUUAUUCUCUGAUUACACCUUAUAUGCUUAUCAAUAUUCUAAAUAGUUUGAUUCCGACUCGAACCAAAUUUUAGAUAUUUUGAUUUAAGUUAUUAUAAGAAGAUUAACACUUAAAUCUAAAUAUCUCACAAUCUCUAAGUUGAAAUUUUGAUAUACUAUAGUGUUGCGCAUGACGAUA